AUGAGCUCUCACACGCAUGCAAGAGCUAUUUGCAGCGGAAGUACAGUGUCCAGCGCGUUUUCUGCAUUGCAUCUUUUAAGAAGCUACAGCCUUUUCACGCCUACUUCGGAUUUAUGCAGAUACGAACCAUAUAAUUCCAAGGAUUAUGGUUUUGGAAAUCCGGAAAUUUUAGCAAAUUCUAAUACAUCGGAUACAGGAAUCGGCCGAACAUUAUCGCCAUUGACACCCUCGUCCUUAUCAGCUACAUUCUCACUUUCGGGUUCUCUGAUUCAACCCCCAUUCUUAACAACAGUACCACCUUUAAUGCAAUCUAUAAGCGUACCGCAACCAUUUACGAAUGCCAAUACAACAGGUAACGCGGUAGCACAUCACUUUUUGGGCGCGAACGCUAUUGCCAGUGUUCAUAAACGACCCAGAAGUGAAAAGAAACCAAUUCCCGAUGAUCAGAAAGACGAGAAAUAUUAUGAAAGACGUAAACGAAAUAAUCAAGCUGCGAAGAAAUCCCGCGACGCUCGUAAAAUUCGAGAAGACCACAUUGCAUUACGAGCAACUAUGCUGGAACAUGAGAACGCUAUCUUGAGGGCACAAGUAAUAACUCUUCGGGAGGAAGCCCAAUGUCUUCGACACAUGUUGAUUAAACAACAGGCGCCUCCGUUACAAUCCAUCGACCGUUCGAUUUCCUCGAUGACACCUGUUACAUUAUCACCCCCACAUUCCGCAACGACUUUGGAUUGCCAGAUAUAAAACAAAGCAUUAACAAGCAAUCGUCGUAAACAAUAUUUUUGAUAUUCUAAAAACAUUAAGUUAGAAAAUAUGUUAUAACAUAAUAUUCAUUUAUUUUGUGUUAUAUCUCGUUAUGUUGAGGAUUUUCUAUUCUACUUUUCUCAUAAAUUUAUCAGAAAUUACGUGUUACGUUUUCAUUUUAUAAAGUAAACAAGGAUUAUAAUGUAAAUAGCAAUAAACGUAUCAUUUUAUAACUGUUAAAGAAUAAAAAAAUUAAUGUAUUAUAAGUAUGUGACCUUAUUGUUAUGUAACAAUUAUUUAAUAUGUAGAUCACUUUGAUGGUGUCACAGAGAUAUUUUUGGUAAGCGAAUACUUAUAUAUACGAGUUGGUGUAAAAAUAAAAAUUUCAACUACGACGUUAGAUUAUUAAAUCUUUAUUAAUACCCACAUCGCACCUAUAAGUUAGAUUACGAGUUACAUAACAAAGUAAUACUCUAAUGAGUUUAAUGCAACUAUAUAUGUAAAUAAAUAACAGGUUCUAAAUUACUGGAAUCAGAGCUGGAGUUUAGAAGAAAUUUACAAUUCACUAUAAUUUCAAUUUCUCUACCGAACUAAGAAUUUUGUGUUGGCUAACCUGUUUCAAAGCAUGCACUAUUGUGCUCGAAUCCAUAUAUCGUAUUUUGUUUUAUGUAUUUAGAAGUGGAAGAAGGGAGGAUUAUCGUUUAGCUGUGCUUGACGUUUUUUAUUUUUCUCGUUGUUUAUAGUACGGGGAUUUUACGAAUGUUCUUGAAUUCUUUUCAUACUGCUAUCAAAAACUGAAG